AUGAUCCCCUCGAUACAAACUGUCGUUACCCUUUCACUUGGCCUGGCGGGCCUUGUGAGAGCGCAGUUUGAUCCCGCACUCGUGGGAACAUGGACCACAAAGUCCAAAAAGGUCGUCACUGGUCCUGGUUUCUAUGAUCCAGUCGCAGACAAAUUAAUCGAGCCCGAACUCGCGGGGAUCUCCUACUCCUUUACGAGCGAUGGAUAUUAUGAAGAGGCGUACUAUCGGGCAGUCUCAAAUCCUACGACUCCCCAAUGCCCAUCUUUGAUAAUGCAAUGGCAGCACGGCACUUACUCUUUGCCGGGCAAUGGCUCCAUUGUCCUCACACCCUUCGGCGUCGAUGGUCGCCAACUUACAUCCGCCCACUGUUCCUACGACAAUGCCAUCUACAUCCGCUACGAGCAGCCCGAAUUCUUCCAGUCCUAUCAAGUUCUCACCGAUCCCUUCCACAACGUGCCCAGAUUGAACCUGUACCAGUUCGACGGAGCUCCCUUGCAGCCCAUGUAUUUGAUGUACAGCCCGCCACAGAUGCUGCCGACGCAGACGCUGAAUCCGACGAGUGCACCAAGUGCGACGGGAAAAUCGAGGGUCAAGCGAACAGACGGGGGAGACGGGGAACAAGAGAUCCUCCAGCCGCUGAACCGAGACUCGCAUAUCAUCAAGCAACCACCCACCGAUUUCUACAACGCCGAUAGGUGGUGGUGGGCAGGAGUUGGGCUGACGGCGCUUGGGACAGUGAUGUACAUGCUACCCACGUCUGCGUAA